AUGCUUGGACUGUUACCCUCGCCUGCGGUGCUGCCUGAGCGGGGGACAGGCAGGGAAUGGGCUGCUCUUCGCCCCUCCGCAGCCAUACUUCCCAUCGCCUCCAGCUGCUGCACUGCGGUUUCCCAUCACGUCCCCAGGCGGCUGCUGGACAGAGUGCACGCGUGUCGCAUCCAGAGAGCGGAUGGGGACUGCGACUUGGCGGCGGUCAUCCUCCAUGUCAGGCACCGGCGGAUCUGUGUCAGCCCGCACAGCCACACUGUUAAGCAGUGGAUGAAAAAACAAGCUGCCAAGAAACAUGCCAACGGCCACCCUUGCCACACGAAGAAGCACCAUGGCAAGAGGCACAGCCAAGGGGCACAUCCGGCGAGACCGGGCACGCGGCCCCCAAGCUCCGUGUUGGAGAGCGAGCCAGCGGACCUGUGAACAGAUUCCUGCCGGGAAUGUGGCCGGGGCUGGGUAUGCAUUGAUCAUGGGAAUGUUACUUCUUGGGAGCCAAGAGGGCAAAAAUCCCAAUGAUACAGUAUGCAAACGUAGCCAAUAAUACACUCAACUGAGAAAUGACAUGAAAAGAUAAUGCAAAACUUCAUAUAAUAUUUUAAGAGCACAGCAUACAGAUACAAUUUCUUCAACUUUAUACUAUAAAGUUGUCCAAACCUACAGAGAACUUGAAAGAAUGGUAUUAUGAAUCCCUGCUGUCAUCUAGAUUAAUCAUUGUUAAUAUUUUGCCAUACUUGUUUUUCUCUCUAUUUUUGUGUGUGUAUAUAAAACAUUAUAUAUGUAAAUAUAUACAUUUUUUGGUAAACCACUGGAAAAUAACAUAAACAUUAUGAUACUUCACGCCUAAAUUUAUUUUUACUGGUACAAUUUGGCAUCCCUCAAGAACAAAGACAUUUUCUAUAGGAUCACAUUAUCAGCUUUAUACCAAAAAAAAUUACAGUUUCUUAUCUAUAUAUUUCAUGAUCAAAUUUCUCCAACUAUUUCCAGAAUAUUUUAUAUAGUUUUUUUCAAUCAAUCAAUCAAGUUUCACAUAUUGCAUUUAGUCAUUAUAUUUCUUUAGUAUAUUUUAAUCUAGGAAAGUUCCUUUGCUUUUUUUCUUUCUUCCCAUGGCAUGGAUAUUUUUUUUAGAAGUCUGUGAGUUUGUUUCCUCAUGAUCAUGCUCAGAUUGAACAUUUUCAGCAAGAAUGCUUCCUGUGUGGAUUAGUAUAUUUCUUCUCAUUAUUUAGAAUUUAUAAACAUUAAAGCUCAUUUUCUACAU